GAAAAAUGCAUUGAGCACAGGAUAUUGACCCAGUACAUGAUAGAAGAAAGGUGCACUUUCUAUUGACUUCAUGUACUAAAGUGGAAUUUCGACGAUUGGUUGCUCUUCUUCCUGCUCCGUCUCUCGUCCAUGCAUUAGAGCUCUACCAGAGGACUUCACUGAAUCAGAGAAGAAGAAAAACAGAGGAUGCCCAGGCCACAAUUUGCCACUCUGAUACUUUCUUUCUUCUGUCUUAUCAGUUUGUUUUCAUGGACCCUACAUGCUCAGACCCUACCACCUGCAAGGUACGAUGGGUUCGUUUACCAUGAUCGCCCAGGUGAUGCCGACUCCAUCCUGAUUGAGGCCUUCUAUGAUCCUGUCUGCCCCGAUAGCAGAGACUCAUGGCCUCCUCUCAAACAAGCCCUUCGUUACUAUGGUUCUCGCACUUCGCUCGUUGUUCACCUCCUUCCAUUGCCAUACCAUGACAAUGCUUUUGUCGCUUCUCGUGCUUUGCAUAUUGCAAAUCUGCUGAACACUUCUUCUACGUUCCCCUUGUUAGAGCAGUUCUAUGAACAUCAGGAGAGGUUCUAUAAUAAUGAAACACACAACUUAUCAAGAGCAUCUGUCGUAAAAGAAAUGGUGAAAUUUGCCACGGAAGCAGUUGGGAACUCUUAUUAUUCUGCAAUUGAAUCUGGUUUUAAUGACAGAAAAACUGAUCUUAAAACAAGGGUUUCCUUCAAGUAUAGUACUUCAAGAGGAGUAUUUGGCACUCCUACUUUUUAUGUCAAUGGAUUUGCAUUGCCUGAUACUGGCUCAACCAUAGAUUACAAUGGCUGGAGAAGUAUUAUCGACCCGCUGAUUAAAGCAAAGAAGGGCAAAAGUGAGGAGACUUUGCAUUUCUUACUGUGAAUAAUUUAUGGCAAUAUAUAUCAUCAGAAGAAAAAAGCAUUGUACUAUUGGUGUUGAAGUUGUGAUAAUGCAAUAAAACGUUUUCAGUAUUUGAAACA